AUGGUGGGAGGGCAGUUCGAGCGGCUGAUAGGAAUUGUCAAACAAGCGAUGUAUAAGACAAUUGGAGGCGCAAAUCUGAAGUGGGAAGAACUGUGUGAAGUGAUACUUGACGUUGAAGUGCAAAUCAAUAGAAGACCGCUCAGUUAUGUUGAAGACGAUGUUCAACUGCCGGUGUUGACACCCGAGCUCUUUUUAUUCCAGAGAUCCAAUCAUCUGCCAGAACAGAAAUUAUGGGUCGAAAGUGAUCCGGACUUACGUAAGAGGGCAAGAUACUUGAAAUCUUGCAAACAAGCCUUGUGGAAAAGAUGGUCGAAAGAAUACCUCACUGCACUGCGAGAACGACAUAACAUGAGUCAUGGGACUAAAAAGUUCAUUGUAAACGUAGGAGACGUCGUGCUGAUCAAAUCCAACGAAAAGAAUAGAGGGAAAUGGCCUCUUGGGAUCGUUAUAGAGACAUAUCCAGGAAGAGAUGGAGUGAUACGUGGGCUUGUGAUCGACAGAGCCAUGAAGAGACCUGAUCUUAAUCCAGACGCUCAACCAUUCAAGCCAAAGCGUAAGGCAGCUGAAAAUGCAGCGGGGAUCAUCAAAUCGAUUGCUGACGAAGAAAACGAAGAGAUUUGA